GGAAUUUCUCUAGUGACGAGAGCGCGCGAGAGGAAGAGCUUCGACCUGUUUCUAUUAGACCUGAGCUGGUGUGUGUGCAUCUACCUCUUGUAGUCCACUCUCUUGUUCACUAUGGCUCCUACACUGUCCACGGCGUUUGCUCGCCGGUGGUGGAUGGCAGUGACGGCCAUCAUUGAGAACCUGCUUUUCUCUGCUGUACUGCUUGGCUGGGGCUCUCUUCUCAUUAUGCUCAAAUCUGAAGGCUUCUAUGCUUAUCUAUGCACAGAACAUAGUAACGGUUCUACUUUUAACACCUCUACGAAAGUGGUCACUCCACCAGCAGAUGUUGGGUAUGACUAUCUGUAUGACGACUUCCCACAUGAUGAUGGGGUAGAGAUAGUUCCUCUGAAGCCAGUGGAUGGGCCUCUACAUUUGAAUGGCUGGCUGAUCUGUAAAGAACAGGAUGAGAUGCUAAACCUUGCCUUCACUGUGGGCUCUUUCCUCCUCAGUGCCAUCGCUCUUCCUCUCGGCAUUGUCAUGGACAAAUACGGACCACGCAAACUCCGUCUGACUGGCAGUGCCUGCUUUGGCUUAUCCUGCCUGCUAAUCGCCUAUGGAGCAAGCAACCCUAAUGAACUUUCCGUACUCAUCUUUAUUGCGUUGAUUUUUAACGGCUUUGGAGGAAUGUGCAUGACCUUCACUUCCCUCACACUACCCAACAUGUUUGGAGACCUACGUUCCACCUUUAUUUCACUCAUGAUCGGCUCCUAUGCAUCAUCAGCUGUCACUUUUCCUGGAGUUAAGGUAAUCUAUGACCUGGGAGUGAACUUCAUCACUAUCCUGGUAGUGUGGUCAGUGUGUGCUGGCCUCGUCUUCCUCAACUGUUUCAUAAACUGGCCUCUUGAAGCCUUCCCUGGCCCUGAAGACAUGGACUACACUGUGAAAAUCAAGUUUAGCUGGUUGGGGUUUGACCACAAGAUCACUGGAAAGGAAUUUUAUAAGCAGGUGACAACAGUGGGCAAACGAUUAAGCACAAACAACUCUCCCGCCCAGAAGGAACUGACCAACAGUGAAGGUCACAAACUCUGCCUUUCAACCAUGGACCUAGAGGUGCAGUGUGAGCCUAAAGACGAAUCUCAGUCCUUCAUGAAGAGCAUAUUAAGCCCUCUGUUCCUGCUCAGUCUAGUUACAAUGUGUGUCACUCAGCUGCGUCUGAUCUUCUACAUGGGAGCCAUGAACAGCAUAUUGGAGUCUAUGAGUAAUGGAGACCUUGAUACAGUUAGUUUGUACACCUCUAUUUUUGGUGUGAUGCAACUGCUGUGCCUCUUGACCACUCCAGUCAUUGGUCAGAUCAUGGACUGGAAGCUGAAGGAAUGCGAUGAUGAGACUGACAUGAAGGAUGCCAUUAAAGAUCAGCCACAGCCCAAGAGAAGGGACAGAAAAAUCCAAAAGAUAACUAAUGCCAUACGAGCUUUUGCUUUAACUAACAUCAUGCUUGUCGGUUUUGGCAUCACCUGUCUUAUCCCUAUCCUCCAGCUGCAGAUGCUCUCUUUUGUUCUGCAUACCAUUGUCAGAGGUUUUAUCCACUCAGCUGUUGGAGGACUUUAUGCUGCUGUCUACCCAUCUUCUCAGUUCGGAACCCUGACAGGGAUGCAGUCUCUUAUUAGUGCCCUUUUUGCUCUGCUCCAGCAACCUCUUUUUAUGGCCAUGAUGGGACCACUUGAAGGAAAUCCACUCUGGGUGGAUGUGGGUCUCUUUGUCCUCAGCAUGCUUGGGUUCCUGUUGCCCCUCUACCUACUAUGUUUUCGGAAAAACCUUCACAAAAAGAGAAAAGAGAAAGAAAAUGAUGCCAAGAUCUACAUCAAAAUCAAUGGCAGUGACAAGACUGAGGCUUUUGUCUAGACCAACACCAGACCCAGUAUCUGGAGCAAUGAUAUUCAGAGACAGAGAAUGUGUGUCAUUUUUAUUAUGACAUACACAUUCACAUACGCUCAUGCACACACCUCCUGCUUAAAGGUUCAGUGAACUAAUAAUGCUGUCUUGGAAACUGAUGUAUCAUCGAUAUGAAUGACCGUUUGAUGUAAAGAAGAAGUGAAAUUAGUGAAAAGUUGUGUUCAACUGUAUAUUUUUCUAUCUUUCCUAGAUUUCUAACUCUUUUCACUGUCUUAUGUGUGGAGAAAAAAACAUUUGCACAUUCAUGUUUUGCUGCCUAACUCUUGGUGCCUUACCAGUGUGCUGUGCAAGAAAACAGCAAUGAGAUUGGUAAUGAGAAUUUUGCUAUUGAGAAUUUUGUAUUUGUAUGGGUUAUUAAGGAUGCAUUAAACAAGCUGGCCCAUAUGAGUUGGCUGAAUGAAUUAUAAAUAGUAGUACCUACUGUGCCUCUUCCAUUACGAGCCUUAUUCAGGAAUUCAAUAACAGCAAAGAACAAUCAAGAAGUACAUCCUGAGCUCAAUAAGUGGCUUCUAUCUGUGUGGAUGAAUGGACUUAAAAAUCCUGGCCUGUGUCACUCCCUAGAGGCACAAGUAGGAAAUGCCAGGCUGCAAACAUCUCACAGAGGCACUAUUUGUAACAAACCCACAUAUUUCUGCCUGGUUAUGGAGAUUAUGGAAAAUCUACUGGUCUUAACUACCUUAUUUAUUUGCAAUAAAGCAUGUCAUCAAAUCCAUAAUGACAUAUUGGUCUACAUUAAAAAAUGUAAAUCUGAGAAGCAUACACCAGGCACAUAGUUGCUCAUACAUCUUUGGUUGUAGAUACUUAAGUAAAAUCUCACUAAUGCCUUAUGCAUAUAGUCUGUAUAUGCAUAUACAUUCACACAUUAGUUACUGUAAGUACAUAAAGGCAGCUUUAGUCAGAGUUUGUGAGUGGAGUGAAUGUUGGCUACUUUGGGAACUACAGCACUUUUAUUUUAUAUACAGUAUAAUCUUUCAAAUCCUCACUUUCCCUACAUCUGAUCCUUCAGAAUGGUUGAAACUCAUCAAUGGUUUAUCUCAUUGACUAGUUAUUUAUUGUCCCACAGGGGCACAUAUUAAUGUGUCAUUUAAUAGUAUGCAUUAACCUUAGAGCACAAACAUACCAGAGAUGCUUAUGCUAUUUAAAAUGUGAUAAAAGUGCAAUGUUGAAAUGCU